GUCGGUUGUUUCGGUGGCAACGGGUCUGCUUUGGCAUUGCAUACAGCAAUGACCUCACAUAUAGACAAGAAUUCUCAAGGAGAAACGUUUGAGCCGUUAGCAUACUUAAUUCCUCGUGUGAAUUGCGUUUAUCGUCCGGGCAUCGACAAAGUUAUGAUUGUUUUUUACAAAUUUUCUGCCUUGACUGUAAAAGCCAGUAAUUUGAUUUCUUUCAUUUUGGAUUUCGUGGAGAUCAAAAUUCAACCCAAGGAUAUUAUGUUUGUUGCUUAUGGCAAUGCUACUAAAAAUAAAGCAACCAUUUUUGCACCAAUUGUCGUAAAAGGAGAUGAAAUGCUGACUGCUUUGGUUGAUCAUCAAUCAACAGCAUGGUUGGAAACCAUGAAAUGGGGAUGUUUUGCAAGAAUGUUUCCCACGACAAAUUGCCGUAACCGGGGAAGAAAAUGCAUACAGAACGUUACCGAUGAAGAUAUAUCGGAGGAAGACGACGAAGACAUUGAAUGAGACAAAUUGAAAAUUAAAAAAACUUAGUGCU